AUGAUGGCCAGCUACCCCGAGCCCGAGGACGCCGCGGGGGCCCUGCUGGCGCCGGAGACCGGCCGCGCAGCCAAGGAGCCGGAGGCACCGCCGCCGCCGAGCCCCGGCAAGGGAGGAGGAGGCGGCGGCGCCGGGACAGCCCCGGAGAAGCCCGACCCCGCUCAGAAGCCCCCGUACUCGUACGUGGCGCUCAUCGCCAUGGCGAUCCGCGAGAGCGCCGAGAAGAGGCUCACUCUGUCCGGCAUCUACCAGUACAUUAUCGCCAAGUUCCCGUUCUACGAGAAGAACAAGAAGGGCUGGCAGAAUAGCAUCCGCCACAAUCUCAGCCUCAACGAGUGCUUCAUCAAGGUGCCGCGCGAGGGCGGCGGCGAGCGCAAGGGCAACUACUGGACGCUGGACCCGGCCUGCGAGGACAUGUUCGAGAAGGGCAACUACCGGCGCCGCCGCCGCAUGAAGCGGCCCUUCCGGCCGCCGCCCGCGCACUUCCAGCCCGGCAAGGGGCUCUUCGGGGCCGGAGGCGCCGCGGGCGGCUGCGGCGUAGCGGGCGCGGGGGCCGACGGCUAUGGCUACCUGGCGCCCCCCAAGUACCUGCAGUCCGGCUUCCUCAACAACUCCUGGCCGCUCCCGCAGCCGCCCUCACCCAUGCCCUACGCCUCCUGCCAGAUGGCGGCGGCCGCUGCGGCGGCGGCGGCGGCUGCUGCCGCCGCGGGCCCGGGCAGCCCGGGCGCGGCCGCGGUAGUCAAGGGGCUGGCUGGCCCGGCCGCCUCGUAUGGGCCGUACUCACGCGUGCAGAGCAUGGCGCUGCCUCCCGGUGUGGUGAACUCGUACAACGGCCUGGGAGGCCCGCCGGCCGCGCCCCCGCCGCCGCCGCACCCCCACUCACACCCGCACGCACACCAUCUGCACGCGGCCGCCGCACCCCCGCCGGCCCCGCCGCACCACGGGGCCGCGGCACCGCCCCCGGGCCAGCUCAGCCCCGCCAGCCCGGCUACCGCCGCGCCCCCGGCGCCCGCGCCCACCAAUGCGCCGGGCCUGCAGUUCGCCUGCGCCCGGCAGCCCGAGCUCGCCAUGAUGCAUUGCUCUUACUGGGACCACGACAGCAAGACCGGCGCGCUGCACUCGCGCCUCGAUCUCUGA